GUAUCGUAAGCGGAAUGAAAAACGUGAAGCGCGACAACCCGGACGAGCUGCGCGCAAGCCAACGGGGUCGGCAACGAUCGUCGGAGGGAUGGAUGUACCGAGUUGCAGCUCGACCUUACCCCAAAAGAUUGCGAAAGUUCAUGUCCGUGGUAAACCCCGCUCACAAAGUGGCUGGAUCGCCUACCAUGAAAGCCAAGACCCGCUCACCCUAGUUGAGCACUCUCGGUACGUAGGCUACAGCUCCAAGUCUUCCUCGGUUUCUUUUGUCAUCCGUUACGACUGGGGCUACCAUAUGCCAGACAUUGGAAACAUCCCACGCCCAUGGGCAGAUAUUGACCCCGAGUCGGGCUGGAAGACAUAGGCGCAAAUCAUCUCGACACAGCACGCACCAAAAGGCGAGAAUAUUACCAAUCGAAUAAGAUUUUCCUUC